CGAAGAAGAAUAAAAAUAAACACGGAAGACUUUUGUAAACAUACGGCGUUUAAGAGACAAGUCGAGAUCAAAUGAGGAUGUUACACUACCAAAAUGAAAAAUAUGAAACAUUUAGCGAAUAAUUGAUCGACUUGAAUAGCUAAAUGUUUCAGAGGAAGGCCAUGGAGGAGGGAGAGCGGCAGCAGCCGGCUGGAAACCCGGACUGGAUGUCCCGUCUGCCCGAGGAGCUGCUGGACGUCCCGCUGUGGAGCCUGGCUGUACCCGGGAGUCACGACAGCAUGUCUUUCUGUCUGGACCUCUCAUCACCUGUCCUAAAAUCAGAGCCCCGCCUCCUCAGAGUGAUUGACAGGAUGUUUCCCUGCUGGACUCGACCCUGUGUGUCCCGCUGGGCCACCACCCAGCAAUCAGUCCUCAGUGAACAGUGCGAUCUCGGCAUUCGAUUCUUUGACCUGCGGAUCGCCAGGAAGCCGGCAGCAGGCAGCAAGUUGUUCUUCGCUCACGGCAUCUACACACUGCUGGCUGUGAAGGAGGCUCUGGAUGAACUGGCUACCUGGUUGGAUGCUCAUCCAAAAGAGAUUGUGAUCAUUUCCUGUUCCCACUUUGAAUCCUUGACUGACGAAGAUCACGUCAACCUCGUCGAGUUCAUCAUCAUGCUGUUUGGGAAUAAACUCUGCUCCUCAAAGGAGACUCCCACUGUACGUUCCUGUUGGUCCAGAGGUUGGCAGGUUGUUAUUUCCUACGGUGACCAGCAGAUGGUGCUGCAGCAUCCACAACUGUGGCCCGGGAUACCAUACUGGUAUGCUGACAGCCCCGACCCUAAGAAGGUGAUCGCCUACCUGGAGGACCAAAAGAGCAAAGGCCGACCAGACGGUUUUUACGUCAGCGGUCUGAACCUGACAGAGGACACUCCCUACGUCCUCCUCCAUCCGCUCCAGAGCAUGAGGAAGAUGACGGUGAGGGCUCUCUCUCUGCUGCUCGAAUGGACGAGCAAGCAGCGGCCAGGUGGCCGCGAGGGGGGCGGAGUCAACAUCCUCUGCUGCGACUUUGUGGGCGUCAGCAAAUUCUGCUCACUUGUGAUUGGCCUGAACUACAAGCUGCUGGAUGGUCGUCCUCUCCUCAGGAGAACACCAGCAUCUUCCUCGGAUUCUAUCACCUGUUGACACAAUGUCUCCUUUUGUUUCUCAGACAAAAUGUCAUACACACGUUAUCUUCUUUUCAGUUUACAUGAGCAAGGCUCUCUAAAUGUUACUGUCAGUGUCUUAAAGAUUAAGAUUUUAUAACUGAGAACUUUUUUUAUUGCACUUUGAACUUAACUUGAAUAACUGUGAAUAAGUCACAGGCUGGUUUUUAGAUCUUCACAUUUAAAUGUGUUAGUCAAAUCUUCUGCAUGCACUAAAUCACACUUGACUGCGUUUUAAUUGUAAAUAUGUUUUUUCUACUGUAUCGUAACUUUUUCCAAACUAUUUUUGUUUCUUUAAAAUGCAGGGUGUAAAAACAUGUAUUGCUAUUUUGUACUUUAUGCUUUCACUAUAAAAACACUUCUCUAUAUUA